GCGGGGCCGGCGGCGUGACGGCACGCGCACGGGACGGCCGCCGCCGUACCCUUGCUGAAGGGGCCGUAAAGCGCGAAAGGUCGGGAGCUCGGGCUCCUCGUCCUCGGCUCGUCCUCUCCUCGCGCCCCCUUCCCACCCCCCCACCCCCGGAACGGAGCCGUCCCUCCGGAACCCUUUGGCCGCCGCCAGCCGCUCGCCCCCUGGCGGGGAGUCCCAAGGCGCGGAGCCCGCGGCGGGGCCGUGAGGUUGAAUUCUUAUGGCCUUCUUUCUCUUGGGAGAGUGAAAAUCACAUUUCUUGAAAGCUGUCAAACAGAAGCCAUGAUGUUUUUCCGGUUGCUAUGUGAUAUCCAAUGGCGGAGAGCCAGUCAAAGAUGGCCGAACAGGUUCCAGUCAAGGCACAACAUUUCUUCUGUUACAGAGUCUCAACCUUCUGUCUCACUCCCCACCCAGGCUCAGGUAGUCAUCUGUGGUGGUGGAAUUAUGGGCACAUCUGUAGCCUAUCACCUUUCCAAGUUGGGAUGGAAGGAUAUUCUCCUGUUGGAACAGGGCAGGUUGGCUGCUGGUUCCACCAGGUUUUGUGCUGGCAUUGUUAGUUCAGCUAGGCAUUUUACCUUAGAACAAAAGAUGGCUGAUUAUUCGAACAAACUUUAUCAACAGUUAGAGCAAGAGACAGGGAUUCAAACAGGUUACAUAAGGACAGGCUCAAUCUUCUUGGCUCAAACUCAGAACCGACUGAUCUCCUUGAAGCGAAUCAACUCGAGGCUGAGUGUAUUGGGCAUCCCCUCCGAGAUCAUCUCCCCCAAGAGGGUGGCCGAGCUGUACCCACUCAUCAGCAUCCAUGACCUGGUGGGGGCCAUGCAUGUGCCCGAGGACGCGGUCGUGUCGUCAUCUGAUGUGGCUCUGGCCUUGGCGAGUGGUGCCUCUCAAAAGGGUGUUCAGAUCCGUGACCGAACAAGUGUUAUUCAUGUAAUGGCCAAAAAGGGUCAUGUGACUGGAGUAGAAACGGAUAAAGGAAACAUCGAAUGCCAAUAUUUUGUCAACUGUGCUGGUCAGUGGGCUUACGAGCUGGGUCUGUCCAACGAAGAACCGGUUAGUAUCCCGUUACAUGCCUGUGAACACUUCUACCUUCUGACUCGUCCCUUGGAGACCCCACUGCAGAGCAGCACACCAACUAUUGUGGAUGCAGAUGGAAGGAUCUACAUUCGGAACUGGCAAGGUGGAAUCCUGUCUGGUGGCUUUGAGAAGAAUCCUAAGCCCAUCUUUACUGAGGGAAAGAACCAGCUAGACAUUCAGAAUCUCCAUGAAGAUUGGGACCAUUUUGAGCCUCUGCUGAGCUCCCUGCUGCGCAGGAUGCCAGCCUUGGAAGCUCUAGAAAUUAUGAAGUUGGUGAACUGUCCCGAGUCCUUUACGCCAGACAUGAGGUGCGUCAUGGGGGAGUCUCCGACUGUGCAGGGUUACUUUGUACUAGCUGGAAUGAACUCGGCCGGAACAUCAUUUGCAGGAGGAGCAGGGAAGUAUCUUGCUGAAUGGAUGGUUCAUGGUUAUCCUUCAGAAAAUGUAUGGGAUUUGGAUUUGAAGCGAUUUGGAGCUCUACAGAGCAGCCGUACCUUCCUCCGUCACCGUGUCAUGGAAGUGAUGCCCCUACUAUAUGAUCUCAAGGUACCGAGAUGGGACUUCCUAACUGGUCGGCAGCUGCGCACCUCUCCUCUUUAUGACCGCUUGGACGCACAGGGAGCCAGAUGGAUGGAGAAACAUGGCUUUGAGAGGCCUAAGUACUUUGUCCCACCUGACAAAGAUUUAUUGGCAUUGGAACAGAGCAAGACAUUCUAUAAACCAGACUGGUUUGACAUUGUGGAGUCUGAAGUCAAAUGCUGUAAAGAGGCUGUAACGGUCAUUGACAUGUCCUCUUUUACUAAAUUUGAAAUAAUUUCCCCUGGGGAAGAAGAUUUUGAGCUGCUGCAAUACCUUUUCUCCAAUGACCUGGAUGUGCCCGUGGGCCACAUCGUGCACACAGGCAUGCUCAACGAGGGGGGCGGCUAUGAAAAUGACUGCAGCAUAGCACGGCUUAGCAAGAGCAGUUUCUUCAUGAUUUCUCCUACUGAUCAGCAGGUCCACUGCUGGGCCUGGCUCAAGAAACAUAUGCCUGAGGACAGCAACCUGCUUUUAGAGGAUGUAACUUGGAAGUACACUGCUCUCAAUCUGAUUGGCCCCCGUGCUAUGGAUGUUCUUUCUGAAUUAUCUUAUGCCCCUAUGUCUCCAGAUCAUUUCCCAUCCCUCUUCUGCAAGGAGAUGAGUGUGGGUUAUGCAAACGGCAUCAGAGUGAUGAGCAUGACUCACACAGGAGAGCCUGGAUUCAUGCUGUACAUCCCGAUAGAGUAUGCCCUGCACGUAUACAAUGAGUUGAUGAGUGUUGGGCAAAAAUAUGGGAUCCGAAAUGCUGGAUAUUAUGCUCUUCGAAGUCUUCGCAUUGAGAAAUUUUUUGCCUUUUGGGGUCAGGACUUGAACACUUUUACAACACCCCUGGAGUGUGGACGAGAAUUUCGAGUAAAAUUGGAUAAGGGAAUGGAUUUUAUUGGUCGGGAGGCCCUGCUACAGCAAAGGCAGAAUGGAGUCUAUAAGCGCUUUACCAUGUUCAUCCUUGAAGAUCAUGACACGGACCUGGACCUCUGGCCCUGGUGGGGAGAACCUAUCUAUCGCAACGGGCAGUAUGUGGGCAUGACCACCAGCAGCGCCUACAGCUACACCCUGGAGCGCCAUGUCUGCCUUGGCUUUGUGCACAAUUUUAAUCCGGAGACUGGGGAGAAGCUAGUGGUGACCCCUGAUUUCAUUAACCGUGGGGAAUAUGAAAUCGACAUUGCGGGGCAACGCUUCCAGGCCAAGGCCAAGCUUUACCCGUUCAGCUCCCUCUUUACUUACAAACGACGAAAGGAUGAGAUAGAAAUGAGUGACUUCCAGGGAAAGUAAUGCUGGUAGGAAAGCCUGCUGCCUCCCUCCUCACACUAGGACUUCCCACUAGGAUCAUCUUGCCAGCUGUUCCCUCUUUUCUUCAUUGUUUCCUAUUCUUUCUCCCUUUCUUAAAUAUGAAGGUUAUUUUCAGAAUCUUGGGACUGUUUGCAACUUAGCCUACAUUAACAUUUUUUUUUUGCUUUGAAACUUUUUUCACCUUUCCUUCUUUUAACUAUCCCAUCCAGUACCUCCUCCCCUUCCUUUCAAUCCUUUACCCCAUCCCAAUCUCAUGUUGGCAGAUGGCGUUUGAUACACUUGGCAGGCUGAACAGGAGAAACCAUCCAUUCAGCAGAAAUAGUUGCACCAUUGUAGCUGCCCUUUGAAGGGUGGCGUCCGAUUCCAAGUACUUUGCUCUCUCUGUGCACCUACAAUCAAGAGCAGCUGGUCUUUGCUGGCCUCUCCUUGAGAAUUAACUCUUCUCUCUCAGCUUGGGCAUUCUCCAUGGCCCGUAGCGUACUCAUUAGGGCUACAUCCAGAGGGUGGCUCGAGGAGAUGCUCCUCUUAAGCAGGUCAUUGGGGAUACUCUGAUUUACAUUUUCCUCAUGUACAUUGUGCAGAGGGGUUUGGUGCAAUGAUACACUGAGCAAUAGAACGAUCAGCUACCUCAUUGGUGUGAGACUCAGCAAGGGUUUUAUCAGAGAGAGACAGUCUCCAGCGGAUGUCAGGUCUCUCCGAAGGAGCAGUAGAAGAGGUUUGGUCCGUGAGGAAACCCCUGCCGGUCACUUCUGCUCCCUUGUCAGGCUCCUCUUCUGUAGGUGAACAUUGGCGGGCCAUAGUCCCAGAAGGGCCAGCCCCCCAUCCAACAGAAAUAGGGCGCAGAAGUCUGGUCCCCCUUCUGGGUUUUCUCUUCCACAGGCCCACUGCACUUUGUUUUUGACUAGUUCAGUCUUGCAUGGCCUCUCUGUAGUAGGCAUAUAAACUCUGCUCCUUUGAGGGAAGGUCGGCUGCAGGGAUCCACGCAUGAGUCCAGUAAGAACCUUGUCAGCCGUGCUUAGUAAUAGCCAUACGUUUGAAGAGGGAGGCCUUCUCUCCAGUGGCUCAGUUGAUGUGGGCCUUGAACCUGGCUUCCCAGCCUCUUCUCCCUCCAGGAAAUGACUCCAUUACUCAUGCAGUUUUCUCAUUUCUACUCUUCCUUGUUCACUAGGAUCAAAAAUUAGUUUGGGGUUUUGGGUUUGUUUUGUUCUCUUGAGACAAACAUUCUAAGGAAAAAAGUGUCAUUGCCCGUUCAGAGAGGAGUGUUUCUUGGACUUGGCAGUGAAGCUCUUUAGAUUGUGCAGACUGCUCUGGGAUCUAGCCCCUUAAUUUUUUUUUUUUUUUUUUUUUUUUUUUUUACUACUUAAAGCUGCUAAAACUAAGGAACAAAGAGUUAUCCAGAAAUUCAUGAACUUAAGGCGCUCUGCUGCUCCUACGAGUAAGCCUGCCCUGCCCCGACCCCCAUCUUGAAUUGGGCUCGACUUGUUUCCUUCUAGUUUGUUGCCCACUGGUCCAUCUGGCUCACCCCUUCCUUAGUAACUUUUUGACUUAGAUGCGUUUGUUUGUUUCCUUGGGCCCUUACUAGUUUGGUAAAGAUGAAGAAUGUGGUUGACAGACCUGAAGGGAUGGGGGCAACUUAUUUGGCUUCAUAAGAAAACCCACUUUUCCUUUAGCCUCAUUCGUCUCCUUGAGGACUCUUCUGUUUCUACUCUUUUUACCUCUUGUGUCUUUCAUUUUGAGUCCAAGCCUUGAGAUUUCUGUGAAGUUUAGUAUUCUGUGUAGGGCCCUUGGCUGAGACGAGGCUUGGGGAGAAGGAUCAGGAGAAGAGAAGUGUCUCCCAGCCCAAAAGCAAAGCAACAGAUAGAACAAUUAGGAAAGAGCAGAGUUUGGGGAUUUGGGAGAAAAGUGGGGAAGCAAACAUGGGAAAUUGAGAUUUUCUGGAGGGAUAUUCUGUGAACCACACAGAAUGUGUUUUGUUGAGUCUUGAAGAUGAGACUGCUGGGUAUGGGUAAGGGGUUUUGCCCUAAUCUGAGUUCUUCCUUUGUAGAAAUUUGGACUUUGUAUGCAUAGGUAUCUCCCAUCCCUUCCUUAGCAGUUAUUAUAUUAUCACAUCACUGCUUAGAAAGAGAAAUAGAAAAGAGGUAGCUGUGCAGUCAUCCCAAAAGCAUUCACCUAGAAAUUUAUCUGACCCAAAGAGUACUUGGCUUUCUUGGGUUUUUUGUUAUUGUUGUUGCUGUUCACCCUCUUACUCCUCCAUAUUUUUGACGUCUACUUUUUUUUUUUUUUUUUUAAUCUCUAAAACCAAUCUACUUCUUUUCAUUUGGAAGGGAGGUUCAGAGUGCACUUAGUUGCCAUCUUGUUUGAAAAGUUAAUUUGAGGUUUUCCCUUUGCUCACACAGGGAAAAAGGUUUCUUACAGAGUGAGAUCUGAAAUUUUUGUUCACUUUGGAUUCAGGCUUCCCUUGGAGCAGUUUCCAGGCAGGGAGUAGCCAAUUUAUUCCAUCCAUUUCAGAAGUUAGCUCCUUUGGGAUAAAAAGGCCUUAUGUAAAUUAUGCUAUUAAAAGGAGAUCUAGAUCCCAAAGGCUUAGAAAUGGUCAAAGCAAAAAUAACUUAUAAUGUCCUCAUGUUUUUCCCUUCCCUGAUGGAUGUGUUACCACCCAACAUUAUUUCAUCCCAGCUAUCUGGUCAAGAUUAUUCUUGUUUUAGGGCACUUAAGGGACUUUUGUGUUUCCUGUGGAGGAGCGAUUUCAGUGUAGCUCUUGGAUUGACAGGCCAUUCUCUAAGCAACAACAAAUUCAAUUCACCAAAUGCUUUCUGAGGUUAUUCUUCAGUUAUCAUGGUCAUGUCGUUUUUUGUUUUUUUGUUUUUUUAGUUUUCCUUCUUGAAAACACACCUAUAUUUAUUCUCUUUCAUUUUGGUCUUAGGUACAGAAAACAUCUUGGUUUUAUGUGAACACUCACUGUUGCACGUCUUCUGUGAGCCUUCCUAGAAAACAGCUAAUGAGUAUUUUCCUUUCAUUCUAGUCUAUGCAUUUGGAUCUGCUUUCUUGUUGUGGUGAAAAUCAUUUGGCUUUUGGAAUUUGAACUUGAGCCAGAGGAUAUUAGGUUUACUUGGCAGAUUCCUCCCGCUGUGCAAAGAGGCACUGAGGUCAAGGAACAGAAUUACUUACUAGUGCAGAAAGCUUUGAAAAAACAAUACUCUAAUGUGAUUAACAGUUAAUUUUAAUGGCUUUUUAUUUUAAUUACUAAUACUAUUUUAAUGACUUAUCACAAUCAUAAAUUGAAUAUUGUUUGCUUGAGUAAAUCAUUCUCUUGAUGGAAGAUGGGAAGGGUUUGAGGGAAACAAAUUGCUUUAUCUUUUCUGGAUGAUUCAGCUGCUUAUCAGUAUCCCACAUUGUUAGCAACAAGUAUAAUAUGAUGAAAAAAUUAAAUCCCUUCAGUAUGGAUAGCUUUUAACAUCUUGAUGUUUUUAGAGAGACACAUAGAGUAACAUUGCUAUAGAAAUGAACAUCUAGGAAAAAAUGCCCCCGAAUUGAACAACAAAUAGUGUGUAUGACCCAUACUUAUGUUAUCACUAAAAUGCUUUGAUUGUAUUGAUGUUAACUUUUCUGGUAGAUGAAGAGAGAACAACGAACCUUGUUAAGCUGCCCUUUUGACACAGACUAAGGUCUCCAGGCUAAUUGGGCUUUCUACUUUAGAAGCGACUUACACAAACUGCAGUGUGGAUAUAAAAUCCAUUGGAAUCUGAAAGAAUAUCCAAAAGAAAAGGAUGUUUGUGCCCCACUCAAUAAUUACAUGUGGCUUCAAGUAUUUCAUAUUUUUACUUUCUAUGUAUUACAAAGUGAACUUUCAAGAUUCAUUAUUCUAAAAGUAUUCCAGCUUUCUAGAAUAUGGCACUACUAAAUCUUUAAUUGUUAAAGAAAAACAGCAUUAUAAUUACUAUACCAGAUUGAAUGAAAGUUCACACUCUUAGAAUCAAAACCUCUUUCUGGGCAGAAGACAGACAAAUAUUCUUAUCUAAAUGAAAAUGGGAUUGCAGUCUAAUUCUCUAUUUGCAGGCUUCUAGUACUCCAUAUCCUAAUGUUUUAUAGUAGUCACAAUUGGGGAAAUGCUUUCUAUUUGUCACUUUAAGACAGUUCUUCCUCUUUUUUUCCCCUUAACACAAAGAUUCCAGGGACUUUUGUUAUUCCCUUAUUGCCAAUUAUGACAAAACCAUAAGAAAUUUGGCUUGGCUAAUAAGGACCAUCACAUCUAUUAAUUCUGGGAAGGGGACAAAUUGGAAAUAAUUUUGUUUAUACUUCAGCAUCAUGUUUUUGUUGAAUGCAUAAUUUCUCAGGUAUAUUACUCAGAAACAAGACUACCUUGAACCUAGAGAGCUGUGCACUUAUUACUACAGUCUCGGUGCUGGUUAGGUAUCCUUGUCUUAGUAUAUGAGCUUUUGUGUCGGAACUGUAUUUGGCUGAAGAAACAAGUACCAUUUUGUUCUCUGGUUUAAAGACAUAAUUCUGAAAUUGGCACAAGUCACCUUUUUUUUUCCCUUCCCGGAAAAAUAGAAUCAAGCACUUUAAGGUAAUUCUCAUGUUGUUUACCUAGAAGAUGUUGUUGCUUUACUUAUUGUUCCAUCUUGUUUCGAAAAAAGAGAUACAGUUGACUUGUGGUCACAUUAACCCCACAUGUAGGGGAUAAAGAUAUAACUGGAGCUUUCUGAACAUUAAUUCUUUAAGUUUAUUGGUUAUGCUAAGCUUGGGAGAGUGGCUGUCCUCCUUGAUCAUCAAACUUAAGGACUUGGAUGUUCCCUUAAAUGACAAAACUGUUAACAGUAAUCUCUCGGUACCAUCUCCACUGCUCCCACAGCUUGGAGAGGGCAGCUUUCCAGCCAGGCAGAAGCAGGUAAGUUUUCUCAGCAGUAAGGCAUGGAUCUAGUUUUGAUCUCUCGAUGGCUGCUUCCACAGAGAAGCUCUUAAGAGACCCAAGGGACAAGCUGUGUUGGGGGUGGCUAGUGGAUUGUUAAUAGAAAGGAUUUCUGCAGUUUGAACAGCCCUGAUCUUGGUUUCAUGACAUGGACACUUACAUAGGCAGGGAAGUAUCAUCUAGUCUGUUUUCUGUCAGGUGGCUUUAGAAUAAACAAAGGUGCCUGUCGCCCAUUGUCUAGCCAUGCAACAAAAAUAGGUCAAAAUUAGCUUUGAAAUCUGCUGUCCAUCCUGUUAUAAAACUCAGCAAAUAAUGACUCUGCUCUGUAUCUUCAGAACCCCAGCCAACACCACUUUGGGCUAACGGUGCUAAAAUCACUUAGACUCUUUUCACGAAUGCUUUGCUUCCUUUGAGUAGCUUUCCAAGAGGCCUGAGCCUUUCCGGCCUUUUCUCCAUUGAGCACUAGAGCUACCCUUCAUGGACUCUUGUCACACUGGGCUUCAGGGACAGUUUUGCUUAUCCUCGGUGAGCGUUGGCUGCCUUUUUAUUCUUUAGCCUUUUCCUGUCUCCUGCGGACAGGGCUGCCCCUGUUGGGAGAACUGGCCAGCGUCUCCUGCAGACAGAGAGGAGAGGGCAGAAGGCCCGAGUUCUCCUCGCCAUUUCCUAGUGCCUUAUACAGGGGAGGGCCAGCACAGAAACAACUUUUCAGUCCGAGUCUCCACAAACCUUCCUCCUCACAGCCACGUCACUCUCCCUAGCACGAAGAAACAGCUUUCUGCAGAUGGGUUUGAAUGAACAUUGUUCUAGGAGCACAAUUCAUGCUUUAACUAACCCUUGGUCUAUAUAAUACGCCAUUGUAAUUCUUGUAAAGUGUUGUAGCCCAUUGCAUUUGUGCAGAGCACUGAAGCCCGGCUGUGUCCAUCAGGUUUGGAGUGAGAACGUGCUCCUGAAAACACAAGGCACUUUAGCAAAUUGGCAUCUUUUUGUGGGGCGCCGAUGGUGGGCGGCUGUUAGUCACACUGGAUGGGCCCCUGUCCACCAAGGCUGGGUUAGCCGUACAGUGUGCACUGUGUUUAUAUGGAGUUGUAUUUCAAUUAAGAUUUUCUGGUCUGUUCUCAUAUCACAAAAUUUCUUUAUGAAUAAAGAGGCAUUUAAUUACUCUAGCCUUG